UUUAAAAAAAACAGAGGUUCACAACUGCCACUUGUUUCUUCCACGUCUCACCAAACCGCAAAAAUGGCAACGAACUGCUUCUCUCCAACUUCCUUUAUGUACUUCCCUUCUAAUAAUCCCAAAAAUUCGCACAAAAAACUGUCACCCAUCCAUUGUUCACAAUCCCUCACAUCUCAAUCCGAAUCCCAAAAAAAACAUCUCCUCCACUUAAUAUCUGAUCAAGAACGUGGCCUUAAGACACAAUCUGACCCCCAAAAGUUGUCUGAAAUAAUCCAGGCAAUUGAUGAGUUGGCUAUUAUUGGACGUGACAGUGUCACCACUGGCAGUUCAUUGUCGGCCACGUGGCGUUUGCUUUGGACUACUGAGAAAGAACAGCUUUAUAUAAUCAAGAAAUUUGCACCCUUUUUUGGUACUAAUGCUGGUGAUGUUCUCCAAGUUAUUGAUGUUGAGAAAAGAAGUCUUAAUAAUGUUAUCACUUUUCCACCGGAUGGAGUUUUCUUUGUGAGGUCUACUAUUGAAGUUGCUUCUUCUCAGCGUGUGAAUUUCAGAUUCACAAGUGCGGUUCUGCGCGGAAAAAAUUGGGAAUUUCCUCUACCACCAUUUGGACAAGGGUGGUUUGAGACUGUGUACCUUGAUGAUGAGAUUCGAGUAGUCAAAGAUAUCAGGCAAGACUACCUGAUUGUUGAACGUGCUCCUUAUGUUUGGAAAGAAUGAUUGCCGGAUUUGUCUUCUGCUUCUCUGUACAUAAAUUUUACUGAACAAGGAGAACAUUGUUUAGAGACAUUACUUUGUUUGAAGCAUCUUCAAAGAUAUCUUGACAACUCCUUCAAUUUUGGCAGUUGUGGAGUUUCCCAUGAAAAGAGUCUCGUCGGGUCCAUCAGGAGCAUAAGAAGCAAACAACCCUUUGUUAGCACAAACACGGCGGGUGGCUCCUGAAUCAAUCCACUAUUCCUUGGGAUGUUUUACCAAGCUGCAUUCAGAAAGCAUAGCACACAAGUUUUCCAUCUCCUCGUUCUUUUCAACCAUGUUUGUUUUACUCUUUUUCUUGUCUUUCUUUGGAGCACGACAAUCCUCAGCCUUGUGUCCAACCUUUCCACAAUUGUGGCACUUUCCUUUGAACUUCUUCUUAGGCAGGUCGUAACUCUUUGGUCCAGAAGGCUUCUUUCUCUUUUUGUUAUUAGAAGAUGCCUCCCCAACAAUAUUUGCUCCCAUUAUUGUUGAGUUUUCACGAGCCUUCUUUUAGGCAGUCUUGUUAUCCUCUUCUAGCCUUAGACGAACAAAAAGUCUUCAAGAGUCAUCUCCUUGUUCUUACGUUUCAAGUAAUUCUUAAAGUCAUAAAAGAGGUACUUUUAAAUGUCUCUACUUGAAACGCUUCAUUGAUGACCAUUCCUUCAAUAAUAAAUUUAUAAUUAAUAACAUAAUAAAUAUCUUUAAUAAAAAUUGAUCCGGAUCAUACCUUCAGCAAGGAGAGGAGAUAAUAAGUGAUGACUCGCAGUUCUUGCACUUGAGACAUGAUAGACUUGCUGCAUUUUGAAGUCCAAAAAUUUGGAGGCCACAAAUUUCUCUAGUCUACAUCUUCAGUCUUGUAUUUCUUUUCUAGGGCGUUUCACAACUCUUUCGAAGUUUUACAAACACUGUGGACGUUAUACAAUCCAUCUUCCAAGCUACUAGCCACAGAUAUUUGUAAGAAUAAUAUUCUUAGUAGUUUGGAAGAUGCUUGGAUAACAUCUAGUAUUUGUAAAACUUUGAAAGAGUUGAGGAACACUCUUGAAAAGAAAUACUAGACUGAAAAUGAUGGACUAAAGAAUUAGUGGCCGCCAAGUUUUUGGACUUCAAAAUGGUUGACAACAAGUAUUUCAUGUCUCAAGUCCAAGAACUGCUAGUUAUCAUUCAUGAUUUCCUCUCCUUGCUGAAGGUAUGAUCCGGAUCAAUAUUUUUAUUAAAGAUAUUGAUUAUGUUACUAAUUAUAAAUUUAUUAUUGAAGAUAUGGUCAUCAAUGAAGCGUUUCAAGUAGCGGCAUUUAAAAGCUACCUCCUUUAUGGAGAGAAUUUAAGAAUUACUUGAAGCAUAAGCGUAAGGAGAUGACUCUUGAAGACUUUAUUGUUCGUCAAGGAAUUGAAGAGGACAACAAGACUACUGGAAAGAUAGCUCGUGGAAACUUAUUAAUAAUGGGGGCAAGUAUUGUUGAGGAGGCACCUUUAAUAACAAAAUGAGAAAGAAGCCUUCUAGACCAAAGAGUUACCCGACUAAGAAGUUCAAAGGCAAUCGCCGCAACUGUGGAAGGUUGGACACAAGGCUGCGGACUGCCGUGCUAUAAAGAAUGACAUGAAAAGGAGUCAAACGAGCAUAGUGGAAAAGAACGAGGAGACGGAGAACCUGUGUGCUAUGAUUUUUGAAUGCAACUUGGUAGGAAUUUCAAAGGAAUGGUGGAUUGAUUCAGGAGCCACCCAUCAUGUUUGAGAUAACAAAGGGUUGUUUGCUACUUAUGCUCAUGAUGGACCCCACACAACUCUCUUCAGGGGAAACUCCACAACUUGCAAAAUUGAAGAAGUUCAAAAGAUAUCUUUAAAGAUGACCUCGGGAAAAGUAGUGAUUCUAAACAAUGUUCUCCAUGUUCCUGAAAUUCGCAUGAGCCUAGUUUCUGCCGCACUUUUCGGUAAGAACCGGUUUAAGUGCGUGUUUGUUUCUGAUAAAGUUGUAAUUAGUAAGAAUGAACUGUAUGUAGGAAAAGGUUACCUAACUGAGAGCCUUUUUAAGUUGAAUGUAAUAGCUAUUGGGUAUGAAUAAAGUUGAAGCUUCUUCUUA